UUUAAUCAGUCGUGUAUACUACGAGCAGUACGAACGGCACGCCUGAAGAGUGUAUAAUUUAGUAUUAUAACUAUAUUCAAGUGGUUUUCGAUCUCGCCGUGUACUCGGUAUACGCAAUAAUAACAACAAUAAUAUUAUAUUAUUUAUCUCGUUUCGUUCUGACAGUUGUGUUUGCGUCCCGUUCAGUUCCACCAGACGUGCGAGUGUAGUAUAAUACAUCGGCGUGAUAAUGAGGCUGAUUAUAAUGGAUAAUGCAGACAAAGUUUCGGAAUGGGCUGCAAAAUAUGUUGUAAAGAGGAUAAAACAUUUCAACCCAGGACCCGAYAGAUAUUUUGUUUUGGGGUUACCAACGGGUGGAACGCCAUUAGGUAUGUACAGGUAUUUGAUCCAAUAUUACAGGGCUGGAGAUAUUUCGUUCAAGUAUGUCAAGACUUUUAACAUGGAUGAAUAUGUAGGAAUACCAAGAAAUCAUGUGGAAAGUUAUCACUAUUAUAUGAUGACGAAUUUUUUCACGCACGUUGACAUAGAUCCAAAUAAUGCGCAUAUCCUGGACGGCAACGCUGUAGACUUGCAGGCGGAGUGCAUCCAUUACGAACGGCUGAUAGAAGAGGCUGGAGGGGUUCAUCUAUUUAUUGGAGGCAUCGGUCCAGAUGGUCAUAUAGCAUUCAACGAGCCCGGUUCGUCAUUGGCAUCUAAGACCCGAGUGAAGACUUUGGCCCGAGAGACAUUGGAGGCAAAUGCCAGGUUCUUCGACAACGACAUUGAUAAAGUCCCCAAACAGGCACUGACGGUUGGCGUAGGAACGGUUAUGAACGCUGAAACGGUUAUGAUACUGAUCACGGGAUCACACAAGGCGUUUGCUUUGCAUAAAGCAAUUGAAGAAGGAGUCAAUCACAUGUGGACCGUUUCGGCAUUCCAACAACAUCCAAAAACAAUCAUACUAUGCGACGAAGAUGCUACAUUGGAAUUGAAAGUAAAGACUGUGAAAUACUUUAAGGCUUUAGGUGCUGUUCACGAAAAGCUCAUUGAAGACAACUCAGAUUCAUGAUUAAUCACACUAUAAAUGAUUGUAUUUUAAAAA